UUGGCGCGUUUUGUUUAAUACAGUAUCGUUAGAUUUAGUAACGUGAUCUCUUUUGGAAGUGUUAAAUGUCGUUGAUCCAAGCGUUCUAAAUUAUUAAACGCUAGACCGUGGUGUAUACAACAUCAUACAAUUUGUGCGCCUUCAGUUUGACUACAUACAGUUUGCACACCGGUGUAUAUUGAGAAAUUUCAGUGCACGCGAGAUCAUGUCUCUCCUCGUGGUCGCAACGCUCCUGUUGCUACUCAUUUAUUUUUUUAAAUGUAUCAAGAAGCCCUACAAAUAUCCACCAGGUCCCGCUUUCAUGCCGUUCGUUGGAAAUAUGCCGCAGUUGAAGAAGUUAUCAAAAAAAUUAGGCGGUCUUCAUUUAGCUAUGUCAGAGCUUGCAAAAGAACACAAAACGAAUGUUCUAGGUUUGAAAUUUGGAAGCGACUAUAUGGUUAUAGUGUUUUCCUAUCCUUUAAUUCGCCAAGUGUUGAGAGCUGAAGAGUACGAAUCCCGACCGGAUUCUUUCUUCGUUCGUCUGCGUUCGAUGGGCACCAAAAAGGGAGUUACCUGUACCGACGGCGAAUUCUGGAACAUUCAACGCAACUUCGUCGUGAGGCACCUGCGGAAUUUAGGCUUCGGCAGGAGCUCGAUGGAUGUAAUGAUUCUCGACGAACUCCAAGAGAUGUUGGGCAUCUUGGGGCAACCCACAAACGGCGAAGGUUUUUUCAUGCCUCGCAUUUUUUCGCCGGCAGUCAUCAACAUCCUCUGGGCUUUAACCGCCGGGAAUCGUAUAUCCCGCAAGGAUGCACGGUUACAGAAGCUUUUAGACCUCUUCAACCGCAGAUCCAAGCUGUUCGAUUUGUCCGGCGGUUUAUUGACGCAGUUCCCUUUGCUUAGAUUCAUUGCGCCUGAAAUGACCGGAUACAAUUUGAUUGUUGAAUUCAACAAAGAGUUGAAAGAGUUCUUUAUGGAGACGAUAAAUGCUCACAAAGAAAACUGGGUCGAGGACAAAGAAGACGACCUCAUUUACGCUUUCAUCAGUGAAAUGAGGAAAGAAAAUUGCGACCCUUCAUUUACAGAUGAUCAGUUGGUGAUGAUUUGUUUAGAUAUUUUCGUGGCAGGCGCUGAAACUACGAGUAAUACUCUAUCUUUUGCAAUAUUGAUGAUGAUUCUACAUCCGCAAAUUCAGGAUAAAGUUCAUACUUGCUUAGAUUCAGUUUUCUCUAACAAAAAGGUUCCCAGAUACUUUGAACGCAACAUGGUGCCUUAUGUGGAAGCGGUGCUUCUUGAAGUGGAAAGAUUUUGUUACGUCGUGCCGCUCACCGGACCUCGCCGAGUUUUGACUGAUACAGUUAUCGAUGGAUACAAUAUACCAAAGAAUGCAACUGUACUACUCAAUAACCAUUCCGUACAUCACGAUCCAAACAUAUGGGGGGAUCCAGAAAAUUUCAGACCGGAGCGAUUCUUGGAUGAUAAAGGACAAAUACUCAACAACGAGCAUUUGAUCCCAUUCAACUUUGGUAAAAGAAGGUGCCUGGGCGAGGUUCUAGCACGCAGCUGCAUCUUCACGUUCUUUGCAGGAAUAAUGAAUGUCUACAGAGUGAGUCUUCACGAGAACAGCCCUGAACCAUCGAGCGUCCCAUUGCCCGGAAUCACGUUAAGCCCCAAACCUUACAGGGCUCACUUCACAAAAAGAUAAUACACUUAAUUGUAUCAAUUAAA